AUGCCGAUUGCAUCGUCUGUGGACGUGUUGGGGGCGGCCAUCGGCCUGCUGCCAGCCAACACUCAGAUCAUUAUGGUCCAGGUCUAUAGGUUUACUAUCUAUAUUAUAUCUCUUCACCAGGCCAUCGACCUGCUGCCAGCCAACACUCAGAUCAUUAUGGUCCAGGUCUAUAGGUUUACUAUCUAUAUUAUAUCUCUUCACCAGGCCAUCGACCUGCUGCCAGCCAACACUCAGAUCAUUAUGGUCCAGGUCUAUAGGUUUACUAUCUAUAUUAUAUCUCUUCACCAGGCCAUCGACCUGCUGCCAGCCAACACUCAGAUCAUUAUGGUCCAGGUCUAUAGGUUUACUAUCUAUAUUAUAUCUCUUCACCAGGCCAUCGGCCUGCUGCCAGCCAACACUCAGAUCAUUAUGGUCCAGGUCUAUAGGUUUACUAUCUAUAUUAUAUCUCUUCACCAGGCCAUCGACCUGCUGCCAGCCAACACUCAGAUCAUUAUGGUCCAGGUCUAUAGGUUUACUAUCUAUAUUAUAUCUCUUCACCAGGCCAUCGACCUGCUGCCAGCCAACACUCAGAUCAUUAUGGUCCAGGUCUAUAGGUUUACUAUCUAUAUUAUAUCUCUUCACCAGGCCAUCGACCUGCUGCCAGCCAACACUCAGAUCAUUAUGGUCCAGGUCUAUAGGUUUACUAUCUAUAUUAUAUCUCUUCACCAGGCCAUCGACCUGCUGCCAGCCAACACUCAGAUCAUUAUGGUCCAGGUCUAUAGGUUUACUAUCUAUAUUAUAUCUCUUCACCAGGCCAUCGACCUGCUGCCAGCCAACACUCAGAUCAGAGAGAUCCGUGUGUUCCUAGAGAGUGUUCUAGAGGAGAAGGCUCAGAGGAAACGCUUUGACCAGGUGCUCAAGAGUCUGCUGCAGGCUGAGUUCCUACGGGUCCAGGAGGAGCGUAUCUUCCACCAGCAGGUGAAGUGUACCAUCUCAGAAGAGAAGACCUGCAGGGUCUGUAAGAAGAAGAUGGGGAACAGCGCCUUCGCCAGGUAUCCCAACGGUGUUGUAGUUCAUUACUUCUGCUGUAAGGACCGAGGGGUGUGUCCUAUUGAGCAGUGACACCAAAAUAGUGCUCUCCGGUGGACUACAUGUUCCUAGCGGCACCCUGGACGGAGGGAGGGCAGGGAGCUGCGUUUGUCUGACACACUUCCACAGCAGCUUGGCGAUUCAGCUGGACUCAUCUCUAGAACUCUGGAACUCUGGCCGCUUCUGUCUGGAACUGUGGAAUGCUGUUCCUCUCCCUCCCGAUCUCUCUGUCUCUGUCUCUCUCUCUCUUUCUGACUCUCUCUCUGUCUCUCUCUCUCUGUCUCUCUCUCUCUCUGUCUCUCUCU